AUGAGGACGUCGAUAUGCAAGAGAGAGGCUUGUGAAGGAGCUACACUCCACGAGGAGGAGGCGGCCAAGACCCGUCAUCGUGGUCUGAUGGAGCAAGCCACCAUUCCCUACUAUCUCGAGCAGCAGGAGAAUGUUCUAGCUGAAUCAAGGAUGAUGAUCCCAGAGGACCCAGAAUUCCGUAAUCGACUAGUAACCGCACUUUUCGAUUUGAAACCAACUCUGGCUGAACUUGAACUGAAGGAGCCACAUGAACAUGGGGCUGAGGUUCAAGAGGCUGAGAGAACAGUCGCAGGAAUCGAAGAUGUAUUCACGCGAAUAUAA